GUGACGAGGGCUGGGACGGCGAUUUUGGCGAGCGGCUACUUGAAAGGGAGCACGUUGUGUAAGGAUAUAGCCGGCCGAGGACGACAAGGCCGCGAGCGACUAGCAGCGUCAUUACCAAAGUGGUGAGCGGUCCCCGUAUUGUUCCGUCAUCGACGUCGAGUCCAAAAUUAAUAAAGGACCAUUUCCUCGUAUCGCACGGAACAACGUUGCCUCUCCCGUCGAAUAAGAUGCCGCAGUGAGACCUUGCGCCGUGAGCGCACCUCCUCCUCCUUCGACAAAAAAGUGCACGUAAACAUACCCCAGUUUCCAAGACAGAAUCCUCUCUCUUUCUGAAAGAGUCGCACCGUGCACAAUGGCAGUGACGACGAGAAAAAGUAUAAAGGAGGGCCCGGUAGCCGCAAUGGUGCUCGCGUUGGUCCUCGUGACCCAGUCGGUUCGAGCGAUCGAGUGGAAGCACAGUGCCGUCCUCGACAACAACUUCCUCAUGCUGUGGACGCCCACGGAGACGGAGGUGAUAUUCGAGGUGCAGGUCAAGACGCCCGGCUACGUGGGCUUCGGCUUCACUCGCGACGACGGCCGCGAGGGCGUCGACAUGGUCAUCGGGUGGGUCGACAACAACGGCCAGGUGCAUCUUCAGGACCGGCACGUGAAAGGCGCCAACCGAGACCCGCAAAUGGACUCGAGCCAGGAUUACCACCUACAGUCCGGUUACGAGAACAAGACCCAUACGGUGUUGCGCUUCAGCCGGAGAUACGACACCUGCGAUCCGAGGGAUCUCAAAAUAACGAACGACACGCUUCAGGUAGUCUGGCAGUACCACGUGGAUGAGCCGGCGUCAGCGGCCGGGGUCCUCCCAUCGGAGGGCGCGGUGCGCGGCACGCGACCUCUCUACCUCGUCCAGUUGGACGUCCAACCGCGGCGCAGCGUCAGCCGUCCGAUCGCCGGUAUCAUCAGCCCCGCGAUGGGCGACAGCGGCAGCAAGAAGCAGGAACCCGAGCCAGUGCUCCACGUCUGGGACCUAUUCAACGAACAGGUCCGCCUGCCGAUGGACCAGGACACUCUGCUCCAGUGCCGAGUCUUUACUCUGCCCAAAAUUCUGCGCAAGCACCACGUCGUCAGGUACGAGCCCGUUAUCCAACCCGGAAACGAGUACUACCUCCACCACAUGACCCUGUACGAGUGCCGGGGCAACGAGACGAAGCUCAAGGAGGCCAAGAGGACCAACGGCUCGAGCUGCUCCUCCGUAGACUGGUUGCACGCUCAGUGCAACACCAUCGCCGCCACUUGGAGCCUGGGAUCUGAGGGCUUCAAUUACCCGGCCGAGGCGGGCUACGCGCUCAACGGGUACGACGGUCCGCGCUACUACAUGCUCGAGACCCACUACUCGAACCCCCAGUUGGACUCUUUCGUCACCGACAACUCGGGCCUGCGGCUCUACCACACCGACAAACUGAGGACCCACGACGCUGGGGUCCUCAGCAUCGGCAUCGACCCCAAUUGGCGGCACAUCAUACCCCCCGGCCAGCCCGAGGUCAUUUCCGAGGGCCACUGCAUAUCGAGGUGCACCGGCGAGAUGCUGCCCGACAAGGGUGUCAACGUUUUCGGCGUCGUCAUGCACACCCACCAGCUCGGCAAGAAGGCCAGGCUCAGGCAGAUACGCGACGGCAAGGAGCUGGCCCCCAUCGCCGCGGACUCGAGCUACGACCCGAAUUACCAGGAGUUCAGGAGGCUACAGAGGCCCGUCAAAGUCAUGCCGGGCGACCACUUGAUCGCAGAGUGCACCUACUCGUCCCGGACAAGGCAAACGAUCACGCUCGGCGGAGUUACGACCAAGGAAGAGACUUGUCUGGUCUCGGCUUUGUACUACCCGAGGAUCGAUUUGUCGCUCUGCUACUCGCUGCCGGCUCUUCGCACCGUCCUUCACAGCCUCGGCAUCGAGGAACUCGAAGGUGCCUCGCCACUGCGGAUAAAGUCGCCGGUGGAGCUGAAGGGCAUGACCCUGGAGGAGCGCCUGAUGACCUACGACUGGCAGACGAACUUCCAGGUGUUCGCGGAGGCGACGCACCGGGGCAGCUUCAAACCCCUGUGCUCGAGCCCGAAGGGGACGAUCGAGACGGCGGUGGAGGCGCACUACCCGCGCAUCAUAUUCCCGUACGUGGAGCCGACGGUGCCGUGCAUCCGGGAGCAAAAGCAGCACAACAAUUGGUCGAUCCGGUUGUACAAGGACCGGGACAUUGGGGGCACCGAGGCCGACGAGACGAACAGCGUGGAAAGGGGCCAGUUGGUGCGGAACAAGGUGCUGCGCAGCAGCGACGGCUCCUCCUUGGCCACUGGCUCGGCCGCUAGAUGCGCCCCCGUAGUUCUGGUGCUCGCGAUACUCGCCAUGGCGCUCAGGUGAAGAUGCAACCGUGAGGGCCCCGGCAAGGCGUCGUUACUCCCCGCCUGGAGGCAACUCUUGGUGAGCGAGUAAACACACACACGUACACACAAAAAAUUAUUACUUGUGUUACAUACGCAUAUACACACUUGACUUGUUCGAGAUUCGAUUCGUUGAGGUGUAGAACCGCUCUUUACGGUCGUUAUUUAUCAUUGCUGCUCUCGUAUUUUCUAUUUUCUUUCCUUCCCUUUUUUUUUAUUCGCAUCAUCAUUAUUAUUAUGAUUAUUAUUAUUAUUAU